AACAAAGGACAGAAUUUUGGCACGGUAAGAAGAGUCCUCUCUAUCUAUACACGCAUAUACGUACAGAUAUAAAGUAUCUGGCACGCCUUCGAUUUUAUCAGCCUUUCUUUCAAGACCUUCAUAUUGCUUUUCUUUUCUUUUUCAUCGAUUAAUUUUAUCAAAAGGUUUCGUCUUCAAAACUCAAACCCUAACCACAAGCAAGCAUCAUCUUUCAAUCUCAUCAUAUAUAGCGACGACGUCUUUCAUUUGACAAUACAGAAUCAUCAGACCUAUUAAUUCUCUCUGCUAAGUAGGAACUAUGGCGUUUAGACGAAAUCACCGUCCACAAGGUGGCACUAUCAGUGAUGACCACAGGUCAUAUUCCAGUAGAAAUCUCUCCUCAUCCAACACCUCCACCACCACUAACACCAACAAUAGCAACCAUCACUCGAGGAAUUUUGCCAAUUCCCUUAAUUUCUCUAGGAAGUUUGGGGAUGAUAAUUACAAUGUUAAUUAUCUUAGGCUUGAUAUGGUGCCUUCUGUGAAAAGGAGAAAAUUUACAGCCUCUUCCUGGGAAGAUAGCAGGAGACAUUUUCAACAACCCAAAACACAUGAUGGUGACCCUUCAACCCGCAACAGCAGUUCUGUCCUUCCUGCUCAUACAAGAACAGAUGCCAUUGCUUAUACGUCUACCACCGGGAAACGUGAUCGGUCAAAGUUUGAGGAUGAUGAUGUGGUCUUUAUGUCAAGGAAUGAGAUUGACAGCUGCUCUCCAUCAAGGAAAGAUGGGAUUGAUGCUUUUUCUGAAACACAUAUGCGGUACUCAUACUGUGCCUACCUGCAGAAUUUGGGAUUGCGACUGGAGUUGCCGCAAACCACUAUAGGCACCGCCAUGGUUCUUUGCCAUCGCUUUUUUGUUCGAAGGUCUCAUGCUUGUCAUGAUAGAUUUUUGAUUGCUACUGCUGCACUUUUCUUGGCUGCAAAGUCUGAGGAGACACCACGGCCUCUAAACAAUGUAUUGAGUGCAUCAUGUGAAAAUUUUCACAAUUGGGAUCUUGCUUUUCCCUUCCAUCUGCUCCCUGUUAACUGGUUUGAGCAGUAUCGAGAACGGGUGACUGAAGCUGAGCAAAUGAUAUUGACAACUUUAAAUUUUGAGCUUAAUGUGCAACAUCCAUAUGUGCCGCUUACAUCCAUUCUUAACAAGUUAGGCUAUUCACAAUCACUUUUGGUGAAUCUUGCACUGAACUUGGUCAGCGAAGGGGUCUAUACAAGAUUAGCAUGCUCGCCUAUUUGAUAUUCUUAGCUGGCGGAUUGAUAUGCUGUUCAUGGAAAGUUUUGUUUUACAUCUGAAGUUGAACUACCGAUGUGUUGUGCAUGCCUUUUCCAUGCAUAUAUAUAUCUGACUUGAUUAUUGGUUAUACAGAAUGGCCUCAGAAGCUCCAGAACCAGUAUUGACAUUUCACUUUUACAUUAUUGUGAUAACAUUGGAUGAUUCGUGUUGAUUCCCGUCACGAUUUUCUUUCGUAGGAUAUGGCUGCCUAUAUUCUUGGUGUCCAUACCAAGUAAUCUAGAGGAUACUUAUGCGUAGGCAAAUAAAUCAAGAAAUGGUGUUGAGUUAUUUCUUCUUCAUUCAAAUUUUAAGAAGAGGGAUAAGGCCAGAUAUUCAUUGAACCUUUUUGGAAGAGCAAGCUUAAAGAUUGAGUAGGAAGAACAUGCUAGAGAAGAUGGCGAUUUAUUUUGUUAGCUUUUGUAACCACCUAUUUUUCUAUUGUUGCUGGUGAUUGAUAGCAUUACUCAGACUACCAUCCGUCAUUGCUCUCUCAUCAUUAUCUUCAAUGUCCAUCAUAGCCACCACUGCAACAGUCUUAGUGCCAAUUGCUACUCUGUCAUCAAAUUGCUGAAUUCCCAGUGUUUUUGCAAUUACCCAUCAUGAGUGUCCUAAACUACUAGAAAUCCUUGUCCUCUUCCUAUGCGAUUGUCUUUCACUUGCCACACACAUCGGAUAUUCACUCUUUAUCUUUCCUUUCAGAUUCUCUCUCACUUACAAAGCUUACAUGGAGUCCAUAACUGAGAGAUGCGGGCAUUCUUGUCCGAAAGGCUAUCUUUUAAACAGUCAUUGGUGGAGGAAAUGGCAUGGGAAGGCUUACUUUUGGCUUUAUGGGAUUGGGAAAGAGUUAAUUGGAUCCUUAACACACACAUACACACACUUUUAUAUAUGCUAGUAAAUUUAUUUUAGAGGGCAUUUCAAAUAUUUACCCUAUUUUAUUCUUAUUAAGUAAUAAUUACCUACAAUUAAUUCUACACUACUGUUUAUUUUGUGAAGCCUUGACUUUCCCCCCCCCCCCCCCCCCCCCCCCCCCCCUUCAUUUUCUCUGGGUGUGUGUGUACCUAUUUAGGCUUGAGGUUGUAUGCUUUUGCAGACACAUGUAAAAGGUUUUUUAGUAUUCCUUUUUUUUGGUACAGGAAUGCCACAAAGAGUCAACUCCAUAGACAGACUUUAUAUAAAAUGUUCUUCCCCUGCUUUUGUCCUCUUCCCAAAAGAAAAGAAGGGAAACGUUUCUGCACGAGUCUUUUCACUAUUUUAGUUUAUUUUGUCUCCUGCCACAAUCACAUAUCUACUUCACCAAAUCGGCGCCUUGGAAUUUCCAAUCCCAAAUCCAAGGUUCGGUGCUUCCAAACAUAACGGUAGUAAAUUCAAAAAUAUAUCAGUUACAAAUCAAAUUUUUUUUUCAUGAUUAAUUGCUCAGAUUGAACCCUAAAGGGUUAACAUACAUAUAUU